GUACGCCGUCCGACACAGCUUCACAUCAGGGUACUAUUCAACAUAAUUCUUCUUUUGUCGCUGACAUGACUACCGUCGCCCUCGCCCGGCCUAUCCCGCCCCAUCGUCCCUCGUCAACCAUCACCCCGCCUCUCUCCCUCGAAACCAGUACCAGUUCUUCUUCGCCAUGUUCUGUUCCUGUUCCGAAUAAGCAUAUCCCCAUCUGUCCCACUGGCCCCGCUCGCCCCGAUGAGCCAGAUACUCCGCCACCGUCUCCGCCGUCUCAUGAUCGACUUCGACAGAUUUCGGCCCUCUAUCCACUCGAUGACUUGAGCCGACUUGAGUCUGGCGGACUCUCCAUCUUUGAACUUGAUGCACCCAAGGUAGCUGAGGCGCUCGACGUUGCCUCCCGCCAGCCAUUGCCCGACCCUUCCCUCGUCUUUCCGUGGUUUCAUGGUCUCCAUCCCCAGAACCAUGUUCAGCAGUCAUUCUUCGCCGCUCGACGACGUGCUCUGAGAAGGACGCCUUCAUGCCUCAGGACCGUCACUCUUGUCAAGGCUGAUGGCGACCUCAGCUAUGCACGACUCAAGGGGGCGAUUGCCCCCAAUGAGAUUCUUCAGACGGGUAGCAAUCCCGAUUUCAUCGAGGCGGAUCCGCGAGAAGGCUUUUCUGUCCGAAACUUUCAGAUUCAGACAGUGAAAAGCGCUGUCAUGUCAGAUAUAAUCGUCUAUGGUCGAGCUCGAGAUUUGGCAAAGACACGCAAGUUAGCGUGGGAUAUUGCGGCCGCACAGAAGCGAUGGCGGGAGAAGCAUGAAGCUCUGGGGGCCUGCUUGCCCGAGUACAACACCUUUGUCUGUACAAGCCCGUUUUCGAAAUUCCAGGAAAAUCACCCUGAGAUCGUGGCCAUCGACGCAUCGGGGCUCCCGACCGGCAAUGUCAUCGACUUUUUCAACCAGGAAAGGCGGGAGAUGUGGGCCAUGACUGAGGCCUCGGAAAUCUCGAAGAACGUAUUUAUGGGCCCUACACCCGAACAAGGGAGCCCUGAGGAGCAGGCAUUUGAUAUCCUGAUCGAGUGUAGCGACCUGGGACGCCUGAACCCACUGGCACUCCAGCUCAUUGCAGAGAGCCCCGACGACGAUGGCAAACAUCGGUUCCUCGACUUCCCCUCGUCAGGCAGCAUAUUGCCACCGACAUGGUCUCAUUCCGAGACAGAUGGAAUUCUCGAGACCUGUAAAUGGAUAUACCAUCUCUCUCAUGGCACUUAUCCUGAACCUGAGCGGGAUACUAACGAGACCGACGCGGAAGGAGACUCCCCUAUGCCAUCCAAUGAUCAUCCAACCUUUGAAGUCCGACCUCGGAAGAUUCUCCUCCAUUGCGCCGAUGGCUAUACCGAGUCGACCAUGCUAGGCAUUGCAUACUUUAGUUAUAGCACUGGCCUACCUGUCCCAGAGGCGUGGCUGCAACUUCACACGACCAAGAAACGCAAUUUCUUCGCCUAUCCAACUGAUGUGGCUCUAUUGACAUCCAUCACACCAAGAUUGCUCCGGGAAUCCCCUGUAUGUAGCGGGUUGAGCUUGACUGAAAUCACUCACCUGACGAGGGAUGAGCCGAGCUGGUUUGGUGCUCUUGAUGGGUCAUUCCCAAGCCGCGUUCUCGACUACAUGUACUUGGGCAAUUUGGGACACGCCAACAAUCCAGACCUUCUUAAAGCCCUCGGAAUCACUCAGAUUCUGAGCGUCGGUGAAACGGCGAUGUGGCGAGAAGGUGACCUGGAAGAAUGGGGAGAAGAAAACGUCUGCGUGGUCCAAGGAGUUCAGGACAAUGGCAUUGAUCCCUUGACGGAUGAAUUUACUCGAUGCCUCGAGUUUAUUGACCGAGGAAGACGAAAUGGCACUGCGACUUUGGUGCACUGUCGGGUGGGAGUAUCCCGCAGUGCCACCAUCUGCAUCGCCGAGGUGAUGCGUGCGAAAGACAUGUCGUUCCCUCACGCAUAUUGCUUUGUCCGAGCCCGCCGACUGAAUGUAAUUAUUCAACCGCACCUGCGAUUCGCCUACGAGCUCUUGAAGUGGGAAGAGGCACUCCAGCAGGACGGUGACCCUGACGCUGAGGUCAAGAGAACAUUGGAAUGGGGAGAGAUUGCGCGAGAAAUCGCCCUCAUGAAUCGACCCUACUCCAGGUGAAAAGGAGCAUCAUUAGCGCCUUUUUGUUUUCACUUGCUAUGAAAGAGUCUCUAGAUUCAGUGGGAGAUCCGGUGGAUGACCCAGCAUCAAGAGGACUGAGCCACCCAUCCAGUAUAUUCGACUUCAUAUCUAUUCUCAUCAUAGUGGGCGCGGACUUGUUGAAGCACCUGGCGUGCUUGCUUAGAGUACUGCUUACCGCCAAGGGGAACUUGGCUACACACUGUGGCGUCAUGAACGCACCGUCAUCAGCAUACGAAUGACGGGAAAGAUCAACAGGAACCAGAAAUUGGGAAACACGCGGGCGCUUUGUUUAACGAGUCUGAAAAAGUCCCUGCAGGUUUGUGUAUGUGGCGUUCAGGACAGAAGACUGUUUUCUCAUGUGCUUUUUUGCCGUCUUCAAGGAUUUGGGUUUGAAUGUUGAUGAAUCACGACGGCUAUGAGAGCCACGGACCGAUGUUAUGUAUCUGCUUUUACAACUACACCGUUGUCAUGGUUGAAUUAUUGAUUUCGAAGG